AUGUCUAUCAAUCUAGACGAUCGUCACUCGAUUAUUAAAUACAGCCGGCUCAGUUCUGAGUGUCAACUUAUCGGAGGCUCGAUAUUCGGCAACCAGGUCAUCAAGCUACCAGCCUACAACUUGGUAGUCAAAUUUGGCCAGUAUGUCUCCCACCACGAAGCAGAGAACCAACAAGAAGCAUACAGCUUAAUCGACCGAGCCAUUUUCAUAAUUCCUAGAGUCUAUGAAUUUUUUGUGGACAAUGAAGGUUGUGGUUAUACAGUAUGA